UCCAGGGGAAGGUGAAAACAAAUCCAUCGGGAAUUUUACGUUGGAACACAAAGGAAAGUCUUCAACAAUAGCAAAUGUCGAUUUGCUAGAAAUCGCAAUAGAAAACGCGGAAAAUAGCUUCAAUACCACUGUUAAAGUGUUCCAUAUGACUGGUGGGAUGGAGAAUCAUCAGUCCCCAAGGAUUCGUCAAUGUUGCUUCACCUACUGGAACUUAUUGACAGCAGACGCAAAUCGGACGAUACCAAGACAACAAUAGUCAUGUGUCGUGAUGGCUAUUCUCAGAGUGGGCUGUUCUGUUGUAUCAGUAAUGCAAGAGACCAAAUGAAGAGUGACGAAGAAAUAGAUAUCUUUCAGAUUUCACGUCAGCUGCUUAUGCGACGUCCAGCAUUUGUGAUCAAUUUUGAAAAGUACCAAUACUGCUACAACGUGAUCAAAGACUAUCUGGAUACCACCGACGUGUACAUUAACUGAUUAAUGAGUACCUGGAUACCACUGACAUGUACACGAACUCAUUAAUGAGUACCUGGAUACCACGGAUGUGUACAUUGACUGAUAAAUGAGUACAUGGAAACCACUAAUGUGUACAUGAACUGAUUAAUGAGUACCGGGAUACCACCGACGUGUACAUGAACUGAUUAAUGAGUACCUGGAUACCACUGACAUGUACACGAACUCAUUAAUGAGUACCUGGAUACCACGGAUGUGUACAUUGACUGAUAAAUGAGUACCUGGAAACCACUAAUGUGUACAUGAACUGAUUAAUGAGUACCUGGAUACCACCGACGUGUACAUUGACUGAUAAAUGAGUACCUGGAAACCACUAAUGUGUACAUGAACUGAUUAAUGAGUACCUGGAUACCACUGACGUGUACAUGAACUGAUAAAUGAGUACUUGGAUACCGCCGACGUAUACAUGAACUGAUUAAUGA